AUGGAACCUCCGCCAUCCCGAAUCCCAAGGCGUUGGACAGCAGAGGAAGACUCUAUCCUCCGGGCGGAAGCGACUUAUCAGUUGAUAGCGGCUGGGUCUGUGAGGGACUGGAAUAGGAUUGCCUCCAAACUGCCAGGCAGAAUGAACAAAGACUGCCGUAAAAGAUGGGGCAAGAUAUCGGAAAACGUGAAGAAGGGUAACUGGGACUCGGCCGAGGACGCCAGGCUCAGGGAAGCUGUCAAGGCAGUCGGAACUCGAUGGACUCAAGUUGCGGAGAUGGUUGGCACUCGCCAUGCAGAUCAAUGUUCAAAGCGCUGGACGCAGUGUCUUGAUCCGUCCAUUGACCAUAGCGACUGGACCGAAGAGGAAGAUGAUAGAUUGCUGGCAGAGGUCGCUACCGCUGGUCGGAAUUGGCGCAAGAUUGCCGAGUCCUUCCCAGGCCGGACCAAAUUGGCGUUGAAGAAUCGAUAUUCCGCCCUUAGACGCAGAGUAAACCCUCCUGCAAUAAGCGCCAAUGGCGACAGUCCUUCGUCCAUACCCGGGAGCUCAGCUCGAUCAUUUUCAUCGGUGACUGAGGACAUGAUGCAACUGUCGGAUGGAACACCCUCUAGCGAAGAGGAGGCAUAUUCGUCAAUGAGUUCAACAAGACCACCGUCUCGGUCUUCGACCCGGAGCCAGAGUUCGCUGCAUCAAGCCGCAAACUUCAACAACAUGGUCAUUGACUCGUCGUCGCGAUUGGAAACUCCAACUCAUCAUUCCGACUCGGGCGAGCUCUUUCAAUACCUACCGCCAACUCCGGACCAGCGGUACAGUUACCUACAGAGCAUGAACCAUCAAAUACUGGACCCAAGCAACUUUUCGCCGGUAAACCUGUCCACGUUGAGUGAGCCAAUGUUGACUCCAAGGCCCGAAUACCUCCCGGGAAACUCUUUCGACAAUGGCUUCCCUUUACAUGCGUCGAGCUUCCCAAACGGAUGGUUUUCCGGGUCGAAUCGUGAUCCCAGCAUGAAUGGAUUUCCCUUCCCCGAAUCGUUCGACAUGAGACCCCUCAAUGGCAGCAGCAUUGACCAACGAUAUCCGCUCCAACCACCCUCCUCAAGGAAGACGACCAUCGUCCUAGAAGAUAUCGAGGAGGCCACGUUAAGCAGGGUGAUGAGCAUUCUGAUUCAAGAGAAGGCGAAAGUGAGUAUGGAGACAACCCAUACGAACGGACGUUCGGAUCAUCGGUAG